AUUCACACACACACACAGGGUCACUCUCUGCCUGGGAGUCCCUGGAUGACUCUGAUGGGAUCCUGUGCUGGGAGGAGUAGGGAAGGGAGGGAAGGCAGAGGACAGUUUCCCUUUCAGGCCCUGUCUCUGGUGUCAUUCUCCUAAGUGACUUCCCUGAGACUCCCCUGAAGACGCAUGCCUGGGGCUGAGCUGACAGCAGGGCCAGGAGUUGGAGACAAAGGCGGAGCUUCUCUCUCCACCCUGCCCACUCACUGCAUGGCUAUGGAUGAAAAAGAAGCAGCCCAUGGGCACGGGCCUUCUGUGGUCUCCUGGGUCCCGGAGGAGGGAGAGAAGUUGGACCAGGAAGGCGAGGACCAGGUGAAGGAGCGGGGCCAAUGGACCAACAAGAUGGAGUUUGUGCUGUCAGUGGCCGGGGAGAUCAUUGGGCUGGGCAAUGUCUGGAGGUUUCCCUAUCUCUGCUACAAAAAUGGAGGUGGAGCCUUCUUCAUCCCUUACUUAAUCUUCUUCUUUGCCUGCGGCAUCCCGGUAUUCUUCUUAGAGGUGGCACUAGGUCAAUACACCAGCCAAGGAAGCAUCACAGCCUGGAGGAAGAUCUGCCCCCUCUUCCAGGGCAUCGGUCUGGCAUCUGUGGUUAUUGAGUCCUAUUUGAACAUCUACUAUAUCAUCAUCCUUGCCUGGGCCCUUUUCUACCUGUUCAGCUCCUUCACUUCUGAGCUGCCCUGGACGACCUGCACCAAUUCCUGGAACACAGAGCAUUGCAUGGACUUUCUGAAUCGCUCAGGAGCCAGCAUGGUGACCCCAUCUGAGAACUUUACUUCGCCUGUCAUGGAAUUCUGGGAGAGACGGGUUCUGGGCAUCACCUCUGGCAUUCAUGAACUGGGGGCCCUGCGCUGGGAGUUGGCACUGUGCCUCCUGCUUGCCUGGGUCAUCUGCUACUUCUGCAUCUGGAAGGGGAUCAAGUCCACAGGCAAGGUGGUUUAUUUCACAGCCACAUUUCCUUACCUGAUGCUGGUCAUCCUACUGAUCCGAGGUGUCACCCUUCCUGGAGCAUAUGAGGGUAUCGUCUAUUACUUGAAGCCAGAUUUGUUUCGUCUCAAGGACCCCCAGGUGUGGAUGGAUGCAGGCACCCAGAUCUUCUUCUCCUUCGCCAUCUGCCAGGGAUGCCUGACAGCCCUGGGAAGCUAUAACAAGUACCACAACAACUGCUACAGGGACUGCAUCGCCCUCUGCUUCCUGAACUGUGCCACCAGCUUCAUGGCUGGCUUUGUCGUGUUCUCCAUCCUGGGCUUCAUGUCCCAUGAGCAGGGGCUGCCCAUUUCUGAGGUGGCUGAGUCAGGUCCUGGUCUGGCCUUCAUCGCAUUCCCUAAGGCUGUUACCCUGAUGCCUCUGUCCCCCCUGUGGUCAUGCCUUUUCUUCAUCAUGCUGAUAUUCCUAGGGCUAGAUAGCCAGUUUGUCUGUGUGGAGUGCCUGGUGACAGCCUCCAUGGACAUGUUCCCCCAGCAGCUGCGCAAGCGUGGGCGGCGCGAGCUCCUCAUCCUUUCCAUUGCGGUCACCUGCUACCUGUUGGGGCUCUUCCUGGUCACUGAGGGCGGGAUGUACAUCUUCCAGCUGUUUGACUACUACGCGUCCAGUGGCAUGUGCCUGCUGUUCCUCUCGGUGUUUGAAGUGAUCUGCAUCAGCUGGGUGUACGGGGCGAACCGUUUCUACGACAACAUCGAGGACAUGAUUGGCUACCGGCCAUGGCCCCUGGUGAAGAUCUCCUGGCUCUUCCUGACCCCUGGACUUUGCCUGGCCACUUUCUUCUUCUCCUUGAGCAAAUACACCCCUCUCAAAUACAACAACAUCUAUGUAUACCCUCCCUGGGGGUACUAUAUCGGCUGGUUCCUGGCUCUCUCCUCCAUGGUCUGCGUCCCACUCUUCAUCAUCAUCACCCUCCUGAGGACCCAGGGUUCCUUCAAGAAGCGCCUGCGACAGCUCAUCACCCCUGACUCCAGCCUGCCACAGCCCAGGCUACGUCUCUACCUAGAUGGUGGCACUAGCCAGGACUUCAGGCCCUCCCCUACAAAGAAGAGACUGAUGGCUGGGGAGAAGGAGACCCAUUUGUAGGAUAUGGCCGGAGACCAGGUGGCUCCUGAUGCAGGAACCCAAGUCAGGGCCACCUUCCACACCGUGGACAGCCUCUGCCUUUGUCUCCUACCACAGUCCUGCUGAGAACCUCUGGGGGAACCAUGGGCACCCUCAACUGGAGGCCACUCUCCAGAGCUGGCGCAGCUUCUCCUGGUGGGCUCAGGGUAGCACCACUGGAACAUGCCAUGCUAGGCACCAACUCCCUGUCGGAAUAUAACACCUUAUUUAUAAAGGAGGAUGGUCAUUUUGGAGUCCACCAUCUGAUUAUUUGCAUUGCAAAGGAAUUCCACUGUGGGGAUAUUUCCCUCUGGAGCUUACAAUUAAUGUAUUUGCACAUUGGGAGAGUGGCUAUAAUGGAAUUCACACUGCGAUCUGGUUCAGAGAGCAUGAUGGAACCCACCACAUUGGAAGUGACAACUGAACACACUAUGAUGGAUUCUGAGUUCCAUUAGAGGCAGGCUUAACAUGCUGAAGGUUCCAUGGGGAGGGAACUAGAGAAGCAGCCAGGGGGCAAGGCUUCACAUGCCCUCAUCUGGAGUGUUCUUGGAGGCAGUCUCUCAUGGUGUCCCUAGCUCCAGCCCUAGUUCCACAUUCUUUUUGCAUUGUCAUCAUCAACUCAUGGAGCACUGGGACGGAAAGAACUCAGGAGAUGAUUCCUAGACUUUACAAAUACAUGGCACUGUUCCUCUGCCCAAGGCAGACGUUAACUGAUCACAGAUUCUUGCCCAGCUUAUAAUCCUUCCAAACAGUGCUCUAGUCAGCUCCAUUUGUCAACCUGCUUCUAACCCAAACCCCUGACUUCAUGGAUGAGAAAGUUCAGGAUCAGAGUGACAAGGUGACUUUUUCAAGUUCACAUGGCUUUUUGGGGCCAGAGAGAUGACUAAAGCCUGGUCUCUUUGUGCUCAGGCCAGUGUUCUUCCCUUAGACGCCCCCUGCUACAGUGAAUAAGCAUGUAUGGUCUGCCUCUUGCUGCGAGCUCGUCUCUUUUGCGGUGGCCCAUUCCUGUUGAGUUACAUGUGUUGGGGGUGGGAGGGAAAGAGGACCCUCUAUGAAGGGGUAAGCAGCUCUACCCAGACUGCCACCCCACUUCUGUAUCUUCUCCACAAGCCUACAGUCAUCCGACCA